AUUAGUGUGUACUGCAGUAUAAAAAAUUGCAUGCCCAGGCUUUGCAAGAAAAUUCUAUACCAAAUUAAAUACAUGAACACUUGUUUUACUACAUAUUUGUGGUUAAAAUGACACAGCCUCCAUAUGUGCUGUGGAGAGUGUAGCUGAACAGGUUGCAUAUAAAGUCUUGCAGCUGCAGUCAUGUAUACAUCAAAAGGUGGUAUAGAGGUUGCAGACAUACCUACUUUGACGAAACAUGAUAUCCGUGAUAAGGUAUGGUCCUUCAUUGAGGACCAAGAUCUAGCAACUUUUCCACGACCUGUCAGCAACCGCAUUCCAAACUUUAAGGGUGCUGGUGAGGCUGGUCAUCGAGUUUGUGAUCUUCCAUGUUUCACUUCUGCUCAUACUAUAAAAGUGAAUCCAGAUAAACCUCAGGAAGAAGUGAGGUUCCUAACUCUAGAGGCUGGGAAAGUGCUGCUUGUCCCCACUCCACGAUUACGAAGUGGCCUUUUUAACCGUAUGGAUGGAAAUUCCUCUGAAAACAAAGAAAAUCUCCGAGUUAUGGCCCAAACGGAAGGAAUGAAGAAACACUCCAAGCCUGUGGGUCUUGAUAUGGGCAUUAAGGUUGAUCUCAUUGUUAUUGGGUCAGUGGCGGUAUCUCGCACAGGAAGAAGAAUUGGCAAAGGUGAAGGCUUUGCUGACUUAGAGUAUGCCAUGAUGAGAGCAGUGAAGGCAGUGGAUGAUGAUACUCCUAUUGUCACCACUGUUCAUGAUUGUCAGGUAUUUGAUGAACUUCCUGACCGUCUGUUUGGUCCUCACGAUGUUCCAAUUGAUUUCAUUGUUACUCCAUGCGAAGUGAUCCAAGUUAAUCACAAUCUACCAAAGCCAGAAGGCAUCUACUGGCAUCUUCUAACGCCAGAGAAAUUUCGACAAGUUCCCAUCCUGAGGGUCCUGCGUGAACAGGAAUGCGAUGCAGGAAAAGAUGUGACUUUAGCAAAUGGAGUAGACCUUCCUUCUGUUGAAGAACUGAGAGCUAGUAGUCGUGGGCGCAGUGGUGGUCGAGGGGUCCGUGGAGCACGUGUUGGUGGCAGAGGUAGAGGAGCUGGUCGAGCAAGGGGCAGAUAUAUAUCAGAAAGUGAAGACAAAGGACAAAAAAAUAUUCAGUAUCCAACAAAGGUCACAAUUAAUGUGAGCAAGAAGAAUCGGAUUGUGAGAAGGACUGUAGAGGCUACCAAUGAGCAUGAUCGUCUAGGGUCUGCAGACUUGGAUGAUGAGGGUCAGGAGCAGAUGGGAGGUGGCAGAUCUCAACGGCCCAGAAAACCUCGCCUUCCCGUAACUUACGCUGUAUUCCUGGGCAAAGUUCCUCCAGCUUGCAGAGUACGUGAACUUAAAGAUGCACUACAGAGCCGAAAUGUGAGACCAAUUGACAUAACAUGGCGAGGUCGCAAUGGAUUUGCCUUCCUGCGUUUCACUGGUCCCACUGAGGAAUGUGAAGAUGUUUUAUUAAAGCUGGAAGGACUAACUCUACAAGAUCAGCUGGUUGUAGUAGAACGAGCCAAGGAUAAAGUUGUGAGCAAGGAAAACUAUGAGGAUGGCAGAGAUGGAUAUUACUGUGAGGACGAAGAAGUUGAGGAGCGCAUUGUUCCUCGUAAAUCACAGGUACCCAGAAAACCUCGUCUUCCUAUUACUUACGCCGUAUUUCUUGGAAAGGUCCCUCCUGCUUGCAGAGUACGAGAGCUAAAGGAUGCCCUCCAAAGUCGCGAGGUCCAGCCUGUUGACAUCACAUGGCGUGGGCGCAGUGGGUUUGCCUUCUUACGUUUUACAGGUCCAGUAGACGAGUGUGAUGAUGUUUUAUUGAAGUUGGAUGGUCUAACUCUUCAGGACCAGUCAGUGGUUGUAGAACGGGCUAAGGACAAAGCUGAAGUGUUAGAUGGGGAGGAACAGGAUGGUGAUAUGGGGUGAGGAAAGACUGCCAGGCCUGGGGAUAGGGAGGGAGGGCAGUGUGUUUGAUAGCAUUGGGGAAAUAAAUGUAAGUAAUGUUGUGUGUGUGAAGCUGCGUUAAAUUAUCUUGUUUCACCCAAUACCUAUGCAUUAAAAAUAGGAGCAUCAGAUAUAUAUAUACAAUAAAUGUAAAAAACACAAUCAUUAAGUUUAUGACAGAGAAACUAUGAACUGGAGAGGCUUUGUUAUGUCACCAGUAAUGUAGAAUUCAUUUAUAGUCAGAAGCUAUAGUUUAGAGUAUAAAAGUUGUACUAGCAACUAAAAAUCCUAGUUUAAAAACUUGUUAUAAAGAAGUUUCAAUUAAUUUUAGUAAAUAGUGUAUAUUUCUACUUUUUACUAUAUUUAAGCUGUGACUUGCACCAAGAUAUAUUGUUGAAUAUAUAUAUGAACUUUCCUUGGGAGGUUGCUUCAGUUUUGUAAAACUGACAUUAACCUUAAACUCUGAAAAGGAAUGGGAGUGCAAGAAUAUCAGAGAAUAUAGAGAAUAUAUUGUGAACCUUUAAACACUUGCCUAUAUACUAACACAAUGUAUAGCACACACAAAAUGAAAGUUCACACAUGUGCUCACACUCCCUAUUCACUACUUGUUUUUAUUUUUUCUUAUAUUACUGGCCAUGUUAACAAUGCACGCACUGCAGAAGUCAUACGUGCAGAAAAUAAUAUAAAACUCCUAAUGCAUUUACCUUACCCAAACAUACUCAUCUCUUGAAGGUAUGACAAUUUUUAGAACUAUCUAGAUGAAGUUAUUACUUGAAAUUAAGCAGAAUAACAACACUAUACAAGCCAUCUUGAAAAGAUUAGAUAAUGAUAUUUAUUAAUUCCUGAUUGACCAUAACUGUUUAAAAGUCUUGGAGGUUUCUGGUUAAAGGAAUAAUGAAAUUUUGCUGCUGUAGUAACAUAAAUACUGGACCACUUUACCCAAGUGUGUUUUAAAGGACUGCGAGAUCUCUGUCCUGAUUCAAUUGCUGAAUUAGUCUUUAAACUUUUAAAUCGGCUAACACUGUAAUGCCCUGUACAGUAUUUAGGGUUCUCUUAUAACAUGCAAUGAGCAAACCUCAAAAAAAAAAAAAAAAAAAAAAAAAAAAUCCACAGACAUUUAGGUCUCGGUCAUGGAUGCUUUUCUUAUAACACCACUGUUGUGACUCCCCGUUCUCAUUUGUUCUUUUGCUACCAUGAUAAUUUGUUUACGGGAUUCUCAGUAAUGUGCCCCGUGUUGGUCCUGAUUUGCCACUUUGGAGGGCCCUGACCCAUAUAGUGAUGAAAGGUCUUUUCAUUUAAUGUUUUCACUGCCACUCGUACUCUACUGCUCUAUUUAUAGCCUUCUGAUAGCAUUGGCUUCAUGAUUUGUCCUGAUCAAAUCUGUAUGCAUUGCCUUCCCUCAGAAAUAAACAUUUUCAUGACAGCUUUAUGCAGCCGUGUAAGCCUCUCAGUUACUUUUUUAUGGUCUUGGAAUCUUGUAACCCUUACCAUCUCAUGGUAAUUGAAUGAAAUUCAGUAUUGUACUGACCUCUCCUCAUUUUCAACAAGUAUAAUAUGGUUCAAUUUUGUUGGGUUCAUAGCCAUAUUAGCGUUAUUUAUAAUGGACUUGCAGAUGUCACUGCUGAGUAGGCUGGUCAUGUCACUUCCAUCUCCUGAAGCCAGUUUAUUUUCUUUAGAUUUCUACCAUUUCAUUUACACUAACGUUCACAACUGUUGGAGGUGUAAAAUGGUAGUGUGUUGCAAAUAACAAACUGUAGUAUAAAAUGUGACCUAUUCUCAUAACCUUUUCACCAUUGUGAUAGGUUGGGGAAGUGGCUCUGGCUAGGCUAUGUAUUGGCUACACAUAAUUAACUUGUUGGGGGGGGAAAAUGACAUGAACCUUAUUGUCUGACCUGUAUUGUCCCACUUACACUUGUGCACCUCAUAGAAUAGCUAAAUUUUCAAGAUGAUGAGAAAUCUUGCAUUCCCACUGUCCUUCUGAGUCAGUAGUCCAUUGCUACCAGCCUUGGUGACUGAUACUUUUGGCAUUGAAUGUCUAAUGUCCUUUUGAUAUAGCAUUGGCAUCUUGUGUGAUAUCUAGAACGUUUUGACUGUUGUGCGCCACAGAUGGUGUUAGUCUUCCAGGCUUGGUGCUUUCUAUUGAUUUUCUUUAAACACCCAUUUUUAUAAUUCUUUGUUUUUGUAAAUUAUGGUCCAGAUAUACUUUUGCACAGGACAAAAAAAAAAGGUCAGCCUGCUUCAUUUUUAAUUUUGUCCCAUACAGUACUUGUAUUCGUAAAUGAGAAGCAUAUACAGUGGUACCUUCGUUUACAAAUUUAAUCCGUUCUCAGAGACUAUUCAUCAACCAAAAAUUCAAAAUGUGAAACGAAUUUUCCCUUAAGAAUUAAUGUAAAUUGAAUUAAUCCACUCCACACACCCAAAAGUAUUAACUUAAAAAUACAUGUUAUACAGAAUACUACUCGUAUUUUGCACUACAGUAUAUCAUACCUUUAUUGAGGAUUCUUGUUGGCGUAUGGAAGACAGUGAAGAGGGAGGAAGGAGGAGAGGUAUUAGUGUUUGGAAGGGAAUUCCCCUUCCAUUAUAACAUCAGGCAGUGAUGACAUUUCUGGGGUACGUACUCUCCUACAUUUUGCAGGCAUGCCACUAGAACCUGGUUGUGGCUCACUGCUUGCUUAUCUUACUAAGAAUCUGUCUAUAGACACUUGUUUUUUCCCAUGCCUCACAAUACUAUGAACAUCAAUUCUUUUUCUAAAUUUCUCAAACCAUUCCCUGCUCCCUUAAAUGCUUUCAUUUCUGCAUCACUCGUUCCAGGGGUUUGCUUUAUAAGAUCUUCAUGUGAUAGCCUUGCUUUUUCACAAAUGAUGGCCUCUGAAAUGCUUUCAGAAACUUAUGGCGUGAUAUAUGAUAACUUUCAUGUUCAGAAACCAAAAAAGCACAAAAACAAUUAAAUUCUUCACAAUUUGUAGAAGACAUUUGUAGAAGUAGAAGACAAAGCCUUACAUUUUAAGCGCGGCCGUCACUAGGCAGGAGACACUGGUAAACUGAGGCGCGCCUCGCCCGCACUCAGCAGAACCAUGUGCUCAUCAACCCAUACAUACAUCAACAAACUCGAGAACCGAGGCAAACCUCGAAUACCGAGUCAAAUUUUGUGAAGACAUUGAGCACGUAAACCAAAAAAUUCAUAAAGGGGGGCAUUCGUCAACCGAGGUUCCACUGUGUAUGAAAUGCUCUUUGAAUCUGGUACCUUCCAGUAAUCCACAGUUAAAGGUACCUAUCACCAUAGUACUCUACUAAAAUUGUAAGUGUAAUUUUUAGAUAUAUAUAGGCUUCCAAAAACUUUGGUUUUGUUUAUUUACAUUACCCAGUGCAACGGUGACCUACAAGGAAAGAUAAACAAUAUUUCUGCAAAACUGAAUUGCAUGUUUUGUGAUUUUCUUGCUUGCUUAGAAACACUUUUGUUUGUGUGUUUACAUACAAAUGUGCACAGCAUCAUUUAAAAAAGUUGGUGAAAGUGCAAAAUGUGCUCUACAAUAUAUCUGCACAUACAUUACAGUGUUAGGGACAGUUUAUUAAUAAAAUUUACAUAUUUUGACUUGAGGUUCUAUUAGCCAAGAACAAGGAUGUCCAUAAUUACCCAUCCAGUUACUAGCCAAACACAACAGUACUUAACCAGACUGACACUGACGCUCGCAUCCACUGCACUGUGACCACAGAAAUUAUUGUUUAAAGUUCCAGACUUUUCAUCUUUCAUUUUUACUUGGAAAAAUUUUAAAGUUAUGAUAAUAAACUCCAAUAUUGUGUCAAGUAUAGUGUAGAGAUAGAUGCAUUACAUUAAUUUUGGCAGUUUUAUGCUGUACACUCAGCCCUAUUUCUCUCUAUUAUCCUCUCUCUCGUCUUGUGUUUCUCUUCCAUAACACCACCUCAUCCUCUUACCAUCAACUUAACACUACUACUACCACUAACACAAUGGCCUUUUUCAUAUUGAUUAGAAUGUAUAGGGAACCUUUAUUAUUUGUUGGCUUGGCACUUUUUGAUAACUACAGUACUUGGAUUAUUAUUGUUUUAAUCUUCCACUUGAAUGGGUUGUCAUUUACAGUACUGCUCUAACUUGUUAUGAUGCACAGCACAUCAGAAUGUUAAUGCAAGUCUGUUUCUUGUGAAUAUUUUUAGCAACAUUGUGAGGUUAUGGCACAAUAUAGCUAAUUAUAAUGACAGAAGUGAUUCUUAACAAUAGCAACUUUCCUGAACUCUCUCUUAAAUGUGUAGUUGUUGCAUCCACCAUCCAUGUAAUGUGUAGUUAUUGCACUGGCAUCCACCAUUAGAUAAUAUGUAGUUGUUUCAGUGGUAUCCACCAUCUGCAUAAUAUGUACUUGUUACCAUUGCAUCUACCAUAUGCAUAAUAUGUACUUGUUGCACUGCCAUCCACCAUCUACAUAAUAUGUAGUUGUUACAGUGGCAUCCACCUUUGACAUAAUUGAACUUAGCAUAGUAUAGUGACUGUACUUGUGUUGCAACACUUGAUAACUUUCUUUCAGGGAGUUGAGGUACAAUAUAGUGUUGUCUAGUAUUUAUGGACGUGCAGCAGCAUUGGAAGGCUGUCAUGCCACGUAAAUGUCAGCAUAUUACAGUAAAGAAACCAGGACAGGAGUUUUUAUGUGGAAUUUGUGGGUGUGGGCAAUAGUACAAUAUUUGUUAUAUUGCUUUUAACUUUGAGUAAAAGUAAAAAAGGUAAGUUCAUUGUCAACAAGUAAUUAGUUAAGAAGCCUAACAUAAACUAAUCUUACUGAAAUACAUUUUGUAUUAAUGAGCCAAGUCGGCUACAGUUGUUGUUAAUCAUUAGAAUGGUGAUACAAUAUAGUGCCUGAUUCAUUUUGUAACCAAGAUGUAUUCUUACCAUUUCCUCUUCAGAUGAUUGUAGCUUUAAUAGUGUAAGAAGAAGAAAGACCUUUAAUUUCAUUUAAAUUUGAUGGUUGACUUUGUUGAAGUUUUUUAGUAUCUUUAUUGAUCAUUUCUACUACUUGUUAGGUGGCAAUUACAAUUUGGGUAUGGUUUUUAAUUGUCAAUGUCUGUAGCAGCUAAACAUGCCAUGUAUGCAUCACAAACACUGUAUAGAUCAGGUUUUUUGUUUAUAUGUAUAUGGUCAUUCAUACAUACAAUGCCUGACUUUUUUCUUUAUGUAGCUAAUUGCACUACUGUAUUGAGAUGUUAUAAGUUUGUAAGCAUAUUGUGUUCAAAGAGUGUUAGCUUUUGUUUGUAUUUUGUUUAUUACUCCUUGUACCCAUUACUCGCAAAAAUAAAUUGCCUAAAAUAUAGAGAGAUUGUGACUUACAGCAGCACGCAACAUGACAACUAUUGAAUCACUGUAAAUGUGUCUAUAUACAGACACUGAUGUAGAUUUAUGAAUGCCUAGAUAGCAGCUUUUUCAGUGUAGGAACACUAAUUGAACAGCAACAGUUGACAUGUGGUUUGUGUAAAGUGAUAAAUUUCUACCUUAGAAACCUUGAUAACGUGAACAUUUACAGCUGGUAUUUUAUUUUAAUUUUUCUGUAAUUGUUUGUAAGAUUAUCACAUGAUUACUGUAUAUAUUUUCUGCUGUAGGAAAUUACAUCAAUAGAAGAUAAAAAUAAUUUUAGUUUGCUACAGCCAGGUACUUUAUAGUAUUUUUUCGUAUGACAUUUUAGAAACUGUAUUAGUUUCGAUGCUAAAAAUGAACUCAACAGUUGCAUUCUAAUUAGUGAUUGUGUUUAAGUGUCAGUCUCUCUGUUUGUUAGGCAGUUGGGUCUACUCUAGUCUAAGGAAAGUGAUGAAAGGAUUUGUUAGUUGCACUGGUGUAUUUAUUGGGGAGAGUUCAAGGAUAUCUUAAUAGUAUAUAAAUUGUUGUAUUUUGCCUUUCGGUCACACCAUUGAUAUUCAGACUUUUGCCCAAAACGAACACCAGUGUUAUGUGGAUAACUUUAUCAGAUUAAAGUUAUUGUGAAAGGCAGAAUUAUUUAUUUGAGUCAGGUUUCAUAACGUGAGAAAUGACCAAUGGAUGUUUUAUGCUCUUGUAAUAUAUUUAUUGACAUUAAAUCCUUAUAUUUACAGUAUAUAUGAAGUAAGAUUCAGUAUCUAAAUGCAUUGCUAAUGCUAUAUAUUAUAUAGAAUUUAAGGUGACACAGUUUGUGUUGACCAUUUUAUCUAUUUUGAUUGUGAUCAAACAAGUCAGGAAUGAUAAAACUCGUUAGUUUAUUUGAUAAUACAGUGGUUUUAUUUAUGAUAAGUAUAUCUUGCAUAUAUAUUUAUAUAUAUACAUAAACAUACAUAUAGUAUAACUAUUAAUGUAACUUUAUCAUGUUAACUGAUAUAUUUGCAGGUUUUUUAGAAUAUAUCAAUAAGUUUAAGUUUUGCUUUUCAUACAGUUCAUUCUUGUGAUUUUAUAAGCAUCUGAUUUAAAGUGACUUUUGCCUAAUUAUAAACUUAAGGACUUUGACAAACCUAUCUCACCUGUUGAGGCAAUGCUCAUUAGUUCUAAAGUGUUUGAAUUAAGUUGCCACGAAGGCACCUAAAUUUGGGUGCUGCUGUUGAUAGUAUCCAAAUUAAGGUGCACCAAGUGUGAAGAUGGGAGUGUUUUAUAAGCAUCCUGGGAUUUAUUUCUAGAAGCAUUAGAAACAUCAUAUAUUAUUUUUCAGAUUUAUUUUGCCCUUGUUAGACCACAUUUAGAUUAUAUAGUUCAGUUUUGGUGUCUGUACUAUAAAAUAUAUAUAAAUUCACUUGAAUGCAUACAAAGAAGGAUGACAAAAAUAAUCCCAGGAAUUAGAAACCUUCCUUUAUAAAGAAAGAUUAAAAAGGACAUACAAAGCAGACAUAAAUAAUAUUGUAAAUACUAUAUAUCAACACAAAAUGGAACCUGAAAUAAUGAAAAUAAAUUGGAUUAGUUUAGUGUCAAGAAAGACCUAGGUAAAUAAUGGUUUGAAAACAGGAGUCUCAACUGUAAAAGAAAUUGCUGGGUGACAUAAUAGAUGUGGUUCGAUGGAUUGUUUUAAGUGUAGGUUAGAAAUACAUUAAAUAUACACGAGUUUGGGUGGAUAUGAAUUUGAGCUGUCUCAUAUGGGCCAAGAGGCCUUUUACAGUUUCCUUCAUUCUCAUGUUCUUAUCUUAUGCAUACACUAGGUGGCCACCACAAAAAGGGCAUUGUAAGUAAAUUGGCGUUGGGUAGUAAAACUGAACUCUCCUCAAAUUUUGUGUGUGUGGCGAGGUGAAUGGUUUUUCAGCGUCAUUUAUUUCAAUUGUAAUUUAAAAUGCGUGCAUUGCUUAUAUGCAUUUAAAAGCUUUGGAUAUAGUUUAUCUUCAGGCCUAUUGAAUUUUACGGUGUUCAGAUUUUUACAUAAUUUACUUGUCCUUCAAAGGGGGAAGGAUGAGGAUCUUGCUGCCAGAAUAUGUUAUAUUUAAACCAAUAAAUAAUGUGACUUUGGACAUUGUUGCAUUUUUAUAUAUUAUAGCA